AUGGUGGCGUUGGAGAGGCAGGUGUUUGACUUUCUGGGCUACCAGUGGGCUCCCAUCCUGGCCAACUUCUUCCACAUCAUCAUCGUUAUACUGGGACUCUUUGGCACCAUCCAGUACCGGCCACGCUACAUUGUGGUGUACACUGUGUGGGCUGCUCUCUGGGUGGCCUGGAAUGUCUUCAUCAUCUGUUUCUACCUGGAUGUGGGAGGUCUCUCCAAGGACAGCGACCUGCUGACGUUCAACAUCUCGGCCCACCACUCGUGGUGGAGUGAGCACGGCCCGGGGUGUGUGAGGAAGGAGAUGCCCCAGCCAGGCAUGCGCACCGCCGACAACCAGUCCUACAUCUCCGUCAUGGGCUGCCUCAUGGAGUACCAGUACAUAGAGGUCAUACACAGCAGCACCCAGAUCCUCAUAGCUCUCCUGGGCUUUGUGUAUGCCUGUUAUGUUGUCAGCGCCAUUACUGAGGAGGAGGACAGCUUUGAUUUUAUUGGGGGGUUUGACCCAUUCCCUCUGUACCAUGUCAAUGAGAAACCAUCUCACCUCCUGUUAAAGCCCAUGUACCUGUCUACGUAAAUGAGGCCGUGUCCAGGAGGAAGCUGACACAGCAGGUUCUCAUGGACACAAAACGGCUGCUCUGACCCGGUCCUGCACCAGGGAACACCAGACAUUCCUCCAUUCCUUAACUUCAUCUCUUCAGUAAAUUCAACGUGUUAGAUUUGCUGGUGCGCUGCUGGGAGAAACCUGUACCUCCAUGUUUAGUGGGAACGUAGGGAGGGACGGGGGGAUUUAUCCACAGUGUAACAAUGACGUGUUGUGUUGUUUCAUUAGAAUAAAUACAUAUUUUAU